AUGUCUCGACCUCAAUCGCCGGAGGAUGUACUUCCGUUCGAAGUUGGCCCAAAUCUAACGAUCCCACAGAUGAUGUUUGUCUCCGGCGAAACUGGCGAACCAUCUCCCGAAACGACUACUCUGAUUGAAUCGAUCGUGCAAGAUCAAGUGCAGCAUAUGCUGCGAGAGUGUACGGCUCUAGCUACACGCCGCGGUAGCAAAUCUAUAUCCACAGACGACCUCUUCAUGCUCAUUCGCCACGAUCGCGCAAAGAUUUCCCGGUUGCGACACUUCCUUCAAUGGAAAGACGUUCGUCGUUCCGUCAAAGACUCGGAUGACAAAGGAGGCGAUGCCGGUGCUGACGUAGGAGCUGGAGAUGCAGACAUAGCUGCAGGCGUAGUAGGAGCAGGUGGUCCUGGCGCCGCCCCCGUCGAUGCGUCAAAGAAAGCCAAACGCGCCAAGGUCGACUUAGUCUGGGACGUACAAUCUUUCUUCACUGAAUUUCCACCCCAAAAAGACGAUGUUGAAGACGAGGAAGAAGAGGAGAUGAACUAUGCCACCCUACAACGCUUGAAGAAUGCAGACGAACGUACCAAGAACAUGACGCGUGAAGAGUAUGUCCAUUGGUCCGACUGUCGUCAAGCAUCCUUCACCUACCGCAAAGGCAAGCGUUUCAAGGAAUGGGCAGGCUUCGGCCUUAUCACUGAUUCUAAACCUUCCGAUGACAUCAUUGAUAUCCUGGGUUUCUUAACGUUUGAGAUUGUGCAAACGCUUACGGAGGAAGCACUCAAAGUCAAGGAUGCGGAAGACUUGUACAAGAAGAACCAUGGCGGUGAGCAGAACCGACUCAAGAGAAAGAGAGAGAGGGGUCUGUUUGAUCCGCCUGAGGAGGCCAGGGAGCCGGUGCAGCCAAGUCAUGUGCAAGAGGGCUAUAGAAGGCUGCAAAGGGGUAACAACAAGGCCAAGGCCAUGCUCAACUUCACAAGGAAUGUGCACAGGGCGGCGCUGAAGCUGAUCUAA